UAAACGUUCGUUGAGUUUGACUCUAGUGGAGAAGCUUGCUAUGCUCGCGCAAACAAACAAAUGACUGAAAACAACCCGCUGGACGUGCCGAGACGGUACACACCUAUCGACAGAGAACGGACGAAUGACAUGGGCAACAUUUUAGAAAUACCCUUUGUCGUCUAAUUUAUUAUUACACAAGUUAAACUGGUUGGAGAUCAAAGACGCUAGCAAGCUAUAUUUUGAACGUUUCGAUAGAAGAUAAUUUGUUAACGGCACCCCCUCCCGCCAGGAUAAAAUAAUAACAUAUGAUCAGAUUGAGGAAUAUGGGGCGUUAAAAACAUUUGUCACGUCAUAAAACCGUAUAGGAAUAUUUUAGUCUAUACCAAAAGCAGCUUCCUCAUUAUCUACAGAACUGUCAACAGAGCUAACCGCAGUUUGUCGCUUUGUUUACCUCGCUACUGUAGCUAGCUAGCAAACGUUUUUAGAGCAGGCUGCACAGUUGGAUGGAUAACGUUAGCUAACCUAGCUACCAACUAAACGUGGUGCCACCACUGGUGGGUAAUGCUUGCAGCCCCUCUAUAUGACAACCAGCUAUUGGUUGUUGGGACGAGCAAUUUGAAUUGGUCCUGAUUUAUUUGACUGGCUUUUAGGAAAGCUUCUAAAGAACGAGUGCAAACGGGGUCGGCCGGUUUUCAGCCAGUCUUCAUUGCCACUGGGUCACCAUGGCACAGCAGCAGAUGCCAAGCUCUCAGAAGGCACUAAUGCUUGAACUGAAGUCUCUCCAAGAGGAACCAGUGGAGGGUUUCCGCAUCACCCCAGUAGAAGAGUCUGACUUGUACAACUGGGAGGUGGCCAUAUUUGGACCCCCCAACACACUUUAUGAGGGAGGAUACUUCAAGGCACACAUGAAGUUUCCAGUUGACUACCCCUACUCUCCACCUACUUUCCGUUUCCUCACAAAGAUGUGGCACCCAAACAUAUAUGAGAAUGGGGAAGUGUGUAUCUCCAUCCUUCACCCCCCUGUUGACGACCCACAAAGCGGAGAGCUACCCUCUGAGAGAUGGAACCCCACCCAGAAUGUCAGGACCAUCCUACUGAGUGUGAUCUCUCUGCUGAACGAGCCCAACACCUUCUCCCCGGCCAAUGUCGAUGCCUCUGUUAUGUUCCGCAAGUGGAGAGACAGCAAGGGCAAGGACAAAGAGUAUGCUGAGAUCAUCAGGAAGCAGGUAGUGUCCACUAAAGUGGAGGCGGAGCGGGAUGGGGUGAAGGUCCCUACCACGCUGGCAGAGUACUGCAUCCAGACCAAAGUGCCUUCCCACGACAGCAGCUCGGACUUGCUUUACGACGACCUCUACGAUGAUGACAUUGAAGAGGAUGACGAGGAAGAUGAAGAUGAUGCAGAAGCUGGGUGCCAGAUAGCCGGAGAGGAGGGGAACUGCUUAAUUGACGAGGAAGACUCGGGCAACGAAGAGUCAUGACCUUCCUCCUCUCGCUUUUUAUCCCGCUCCUCCCCACACCCUUCCUACCAGUGACUCUGCUGCAGCCUCCUCCUAUCCUUACUUUCUGAUUCCUUACCACGUGCGCACACAAACACACACACUCUUGCUGGAUCCAUCCCAUUCUUGACGGCUUCCCAUAGCACUUAACAUGCCCAUAUUCUAUUAAGGCGCUCUACACCUGAAGCAGGGAUUUUUAACAGCUUUAUGGGGGUCAGAUUUAAUUGUUUUAUAAUGGCAUUUUUCUUAUUCUGACAUUUGAGGGGUCAAUUUUAAACAGUUCAACAUAAUCACAUGCUUUAUAAUGCCACCAAUCUGGUUUGUAUGCUGUCUACCAGUGUUGCCAACAAUAUUUUUGCGAGAAUUCCUAUUGGCUGCUUGAUUUGUCGCCAGAUGAUGUUUUGCUGUUACCAUGACAUUUUCUCCCCUUCUCCCGCUGCACACCCCCUCCCCUUAUGCUUCUGUACCUGUGUGUGCGGUGUUGCUGUGACUUCUGUUGCAUAGGCAGCUUUUCUCACUUUCGUUUGUGGAAUUAUUUAGUGGGAAAAGUCACUAAAGGGUAUCAAAACUCAUCUCCAAGGCAGCCUGAAAAGUAGCUUAAUUUGUCGCUAGGCACUUUGACAAAUAAAAGUUGCUGUGGGGGUCUGAAAACUCACUGAAUAUAGCGACUUUAAGUUGGCAACACUGGUUUCUACCCCUCCCAGGGUUAAAAUACACUCAAACUAGUUCCAAUUCCAUUGUGUUAAACCAAAUCGUAUUCAAAUGUAAAAACACAAUUUAAAUUAACUCAAAUUUGUUCUUAAGCUGUGGAACAGGGUGGUAAGAUGCACUCAAUUAACAUACCCCUCUCUUACUCUCUCACACAGUCAACAAGAUGAAGACUCUUCAGUUAAAUAAAUAAACCAAAAACCUACUCUCUCUGUAUUGCCCUGGCAGGGAUCUGAACACAAAAAGGACAUUGCAAUUUUUGCUUGGUUCCCCAUGUUUCUCGGAGUCAUCCACUCAAAGAUCGCUAGCAGAUAGGAAGGGUUGGGUACUGACUCCCAACAUGCAUAUUUUCAACCAGAGACCGUAGAGAAGCAAUCUCUGCUCCAACUUCUGAGGUGAAAUGCACCUGAAACUGAAAGGGUUUCUGAGACAGGAUGCUAAGUCUCACGCCUGAUGUCACUUAAACUCUUGUGCCCUCAACCAGCGAUGGAUAAUUUCCAUGGGGACUGGACUGGCGACAUGGCGUUGUUUCCUUGGUGAUUGAUUUGUAACAACCCAUUCUUUCUAUGCCUAUGGGGGACUUGAACACCAGGGGUGAAUGAGACAAGUGGACAACCCCCUCCACACCACAGAGCGUUGGAGCCAUCAAACUGCUCUGCACAGAAAACAGCACUGAGAGAGGCAACACUGCUGUUUAAAGUAGAGACAAUUUGUUCUGCUAGUAUUUGCUGUAGUCAGUAAUCUCCUGUUCAAGGUUUGAUGAAAACGUCUCUCUUUACCCAGAAACACAGACAAUGAAUGCUGGAUUACCAUGGGAAGUGUUGGCCAUUCCAUAACACUUUGUUACAGCUGAAGUUUGGGGUGUGUCACCUUCCUCUACUAAGGGUGUGUAUAAGCAACAGACCUGGAUUCACAUACAAUUUGAAAUCAUUUGAAAUGUUCCAAAAGUGCAAACCCCACUCACUGGACACCCCAGACUGUUGAAAGCAAACUAUUUGAUUUCAAAUAGUAUUUGAAUGCAGAUCUGAUGAGCCAGACAUUGAGGUUAAAAAUGCUUGGAUAUAAUGGAGUGAACUGAAAGCCACUUAAUGUCUUUUGAUUUUUCAUUUGUUUGGUAGUCCUCAAGUGGUUCCAAAGUAAAUGUGAUUCAUGAUGUUUUGUUGCCAAAGAGAUCUCCUCCCAGUGCCAGUCACAGGCCUGUGACCACAGAUAGGUAAUCAUUACAUAGAAAAGCAUUCCGUUUGGGGACACGUAGAGCGCUUCAUAACCAUUAUGAUAAUUUACUAGAUAUCAAUUAUGUUUAAUUUAAGUUCAAGAAUCGCUUAGAGACUUUGUGCUUGAUUCAAUCAAAUGCACAGGGCAAUAUUUAUGCAGUAGUAUGUAGGCCUAAACAUAGUGGGUAAACAAAGAUAUUGUGUAAACAUUGCUAAGGCAGGAUGGCUUGGAUCCGGCCCUUGGUGUCUUUCAGCUAAUGUUACGUGUUUGUUUCAGAGUAGAACAUUUCCAUUGUUUUUCAUGGUCUAACUGAACUUACGUCAUGAACGUUGACUGAAGAUAAAAUAAGCUUUCUUUUGUGAAUCUAAGGCUUUAUAUUUGGGUUGUUUGUUGCACAAUCAAAUAAAUACAGAGAGUGCUGGAAAUUGUCAAA